AAGAUAUACUGAACAAAGAAUCACCCCUUCAAAUUUGGUGUACCUGACCUCUGGUGCAGCGUUGGGGUAGUCCCCCCCCUCACUCCCCUGCGCUACACGCCGGCUCUUGAGAUAAGGGAGUCAUGAUGAGGGUGUCCAAAGGCCUUGACAUACCCGUGUAUGACCUCUCCUUUAUAAGGGGUCUAUGGGAGGGCAGGGUUAAGAAAUACAGGCAACGACAGAAGAAAGAACAGGAGCGCCAGGAGAAAAGUGCUCUCGUAAAGCUCAAUCAGCAGUGGCACUAUCGCCUUGAGUGCAGGACGAUGAAAGUCACGGAGAUCACCGAGCUCCAACAGUACUUGGAGAGAAAGACCUUAUCUGAUACGAGAAACUACGAUGGGAUUUCAACCCUUCAGCCCUGCCAGAAAUCCUGUGAAGCAGAUUCGGCCCAGAAAGUUCAAAUCGAAGAACAGAGAUUUAUUUUUGAGCUGGAUGAUGAAACGAGAACGGAACUCCCUGAUUACAUUCAAGAUAUGACACACCUUAGACAGUGGCACAUACGAGGGACUAGAAUUCAGAAGAUACCAAAAUACAUAGAGAGAUUUCAAGAGCUCCAGGUGCUGGAUGUACCCAAAAAUGGCCUUGAGGAGUUACCAGAGGAAAUAGGCAAACUAGUUAGCCUGAAGGAGCUGAAUGUAAGUUAUAAUAAGCUGUCAAAUAUUCCUCCGGAACUUGGAGAAUGUGAGAAACUGGAGAGACUGGAAGUAAUUGCAAAUCUUGAUAUCAAGGAACUGCCGUUUGAGCUCAGUAAUCUGAAGAAGCUCACCUAUUUGGAUUUAUCGGCAAAUAAACUCUCCUGCAUACCUGUCUGUGUCCUUCGUAUGUCAAGCCUACAGUGGCUGGAUAUCAGUAACAACCUGCUGACAGAUUUGCCUCAGGACAUUGACAGCUCAAUACCUAACCCCAGAUUGGAUUUGGACAUCCUGGAUGGUUUAACUGUUAAAACAUCUUCAUUGUUCAAGCUAGAAGAAUUAACAACACUGUUUCUUCAUAAGAAUAAGCUGACAUACCUGCCCAUGGAACUGACAAAUAUAUCUACCCUAAAGAUGAUUAUUGUCAGUGGUGACCUAUUAGUCUGUCUUCCAUCAAAGCUCUGCGAUGAUCCAGCUAUAAAAUUCAUUACCCUGUAUGACAAUCCGAUUGAUGCUGAAGAGCAAACGGUGCAAGAUGAUGAAAUGGAAACUAAUGAAAAAAGGCGGAAUCUCGAGGAUAAGGAGUUUAUUGACACUUACAUUGAAACCCUUAAGGAUAGAGAAACUGCUCCAUCAUACACCACUAAAGUCACUUUUAGUUGCCUCCUAUAACGACAUCACGUUCUGAGGAGAAGACUGAUGGGAGGAUUUUCUGAAGAGCACACGUGAUGAAAUUUGACAUUCAAUCAUUGAUGUUUACCACCUUGUUCAAGAAAUGGAGAUUACUUUAUUAAAUUUUAUCCAUGAUGUUGUUGUAUAUGCACAGUGGUUUGGCUUAAAUAUUAUGAGGACACAUACAGUAUGAGAUGAUUAGGUUUAGUAAUCAAAAGUCUCCUGAAUUCCUGAAAGUCUCCUCAACAUUUUCUGGAAAUAUAUAAGCCAUUAAAUAACAAGUUUCAUAAGUAGGCUAUUGGAACAACCAAAUUUAAAUUGCUGCAGCACAAGGAUCAUUCAUUGCUAACUCCAAUUACAGUCAAGCCAUUAGCCACUAUUGGCAUUAUCUUACUCACUAUUGUGCCCCAGCUUUCAGGCAAUAUCUGUCUCUAAAUUUGACUCACAAUUAAAUUAGACAAGUGGAGAUCUUUUUUUGUUUCAGUGAUUUUUUUCAGAGAAGAAGCUAUUAGCAAAGUCACCACGCAUUUGAUUGUCAUGUUUUGAAGAAGGCUAAUUGAGCUGAAAUUCCUAAGCAUGACCCUAUAGCUAGUUUGAAAUAUUUUGCGAUACCAAAGACAGUAAAAGCAGUUGCUAUCCAUUUGAGGGAGUGAAACUUAACUUUAAUUUCUCUUGGAGCUUAGAAGUCCAAUUCAUUAUUUUUGUGAAGUGCACAAGAUGUACCAUGAAUUUGACAGAGGUGUAGAAGUGUUGAAGAAUACAGGGGUUAGUAUUGUACUUUAAGAAGAACAAAUUAUCAAAGUUGGGCUGCCUGCUGGCGAACUAUGUAAUUUACUCUAGUUAUGCAAAUAUGGUAAAUGGUUGGCAUUUAUAUAGCGCCUUUAUCCAAAGCGUUGUACAAGUAAUACUUCUCAUUUGCCCAUUCAUACACACACACACACACACACACACACACUCACACUCACACACACCAACGGCAAUUGGCUGCCAUGCAAGGCACCAACCAGCUCAUCAGGAGCAUUUAGGGGUUAGGCGUCUUGCUCAUGGACAUUUCAACACACCCAGGGCAGGAUCGAACCGGCAACCUUCCGACUGCCAGACAACUGCUGUUACUGCUUGAGCCAAUGUCACCCCUCUACAUAUAUUUAACUAUAUCCAGUGAAGAACCCAUAUAAUAUUCAUUGUAAAUACCAGUUUUGAUGAAAUGUUUUUUUGUAAAUGUACUCCUUGCAAAAUUAUCUCUGUUGUCUGAUUAUCACAAACUUCACCUAAAUCUCUAAUGCUGUUUAUAUGUACAUAUGUACUGCACCUGUAAGAGUUUUAACAAGAAAAAAUUAAUUGCUUAACCUAUUAUCUUUGCUUUAACUGUAUGUGAUGGGAGCAGUGUCUUGUUAAAGGACUGUAUGUGCAUAAUGAGAUCAUUGCAAUAUAAUGUUUAUGCUCUGUUUCCAGACACUGGAAAGGGCUGUUCAAUGUUUAGCGUCACUAUGUGUAUGCGAAUUAAAGUCAUGUAUUGUUAAACACCAGUGUGAAAGGCCAAUUCACCAAAUUCUUUUUUCAUCAGUGAUUAUUUCAUGUGUGCCAGUAUGAGACCCAGAAAAUAUUACAUUCUGGGGUUUUUAAAAAAAUGAGGUUCUACUAUGUGUUGUUAUAAUGUAACAUUUGUCUUCACUGUUUGCCACUAUUAGUGAAAAUAGAAUAACACUUGCAUUUAUUUGUUCAUUUUGAUUGAGGCCUGUGUGUUCACAAAGUUCAGUAAGCACUUGUAGCCUCUUAAGUACAGCUUAACACUGGCGAUUUCCAGCUUUCAGAAUUUACAUUUUGUAGUGUUUAAAAAAUUCACAUGUGCCUAUAUACAGAAGUUUAAAUGCAAAGAUCCUGCUAAGAGUUCAUUUUAAGAUAAAAGAACGUGAUCAAAAAAGUUGGAAUGCAGCAUGACUUGUUUCACUCUUUUGCUUUGGUUAUUCAAGGUUAUUAUGUUAACUGGUGAACACCUCAAAAGUGUUCUCACCAUCAAAAAUGAAACUUUACAGGAUUUUUCAAUGAUUAUGGCAGUAGGGAAUUGUGCAACACACUAGAAACCGCUGUUUUGAUGUGACCAAACACUUGUUGCGUGUGCAAUAGUGAGAUGCUUGAACUUUGGUUGGCGUAUUAUUAUUAUUUUUAUAAAAAUGUAAUCUGGAUGGUAGUCAGUGUGUUUACAGAUUGAAUGCAUUUCUACAUCAUAACAUUGUAAGUGAAGUUAAUAAUGGCAUCAGAAAUGUUGUAUAAUUUCAUUCUGAGAAUAAACAUUGUUCAGAAACA